AUGACCGAUGAGAUAGUUGCGGCGCAAGCGGGACACGUGGCUCGUCGCUCCAAACUCGACGAACUUCUACAAUCGGUGGCGGUUGGAGGAGCUGCCCCCAGGAGCAACUCGUGGAGCCGUGAACAGCAAGCGGACAUGUUGGCGCAGCAGCUCACACAAUCUGCUCGCUCGCCAAGAAGCAAGGCAAGUCACGGCUAUCUGUCUUAUUUCGGUCAUCUUCCCGGCCGACUUCCCAUUUGCGCUCUUUCUUUUUCCGUUGAGUUACUACUACUACAAACACUCGGUUUUUUCUUCUUCUCACUCUUUGAAAUUCAGCAAGGCCGUCCAGCCUGUCUCACUUAAACUUUCCGGUUUCUCAAGGAAGUUCCCUUCUCGUGAAACGUUCUAAUUAUCGGAUCUACUUGGUUUCCAAAAAUUUGUUCGAAAGAGUGUGGCACAGUCUCACACACCUUGUUAGUCAAUUCAAUAGAGAGGAAAUGAAGAGGAAACCAGAUCCGACAUCCCCCGUUUCCCACACGCUGUCCUGCACACAAACAGAGACACGCACGGGAAACGAAGGAAGGCAAUGAGCGAACGGACGAACGUCAUCUGGUCAUAAAUGCGGGGAAAAGGUUCAUGGAGGUGUGAGAGUGCGGUUCGCUCUUCACAUUUUCCUCUUAUUCCCUUUCCUUUUCUUCUUCUCUCCUAAACCGCAAACUUACUCUACUUUCAGUUCUUCCAUUUCAGAACCAAUAUUUGGGGUGUGUCACGGAAAUGACUAAUGUGUAAAGAAUUUGAUUCGAUUUUUGGACAGUUCUCAUUUUCGCCUAAUCGAGGUCAUCUGAUUAUCUCUCUAUUCGCUAAUUUCAAAACAUCGCUGUUAAGGAUUUCGUUUUCUUUCUUCUUUUUCAAACGGCACAUGCAGUAUUUCAAUCUCAGACCUAUAAUUUCUAAAAGAAAAGGCGCCUUUCUUGUUCUUUUCUCUCUUGCGCCAACCAGGUAUCCGUCUGUUUCGUUUAUGAUUUAUUCAACUUCGGAGCGAACACACAAUAGAGCAAACCUAGUCACUUAUUCGCUCUUUCCACUAAUUUUCAAUUCGAUUCCUUCUUUACUCCCCGUGCGUGUUGUGUCCUCCUCUCUGCCGUUUGCCACACACUGCAUAAUAUGCAUUCAUACAUAUUCUGGUUCUGCAUUUCGCGGUUGACUCGCACUGAAAAUCGAUGAAUCAGGUUGUGUGUGUGUGUCUCUUUUUUCGGUCCUCCUAAAUAUGUAUAUGGAUCAUGAUCUGUGAAGUUUUCUACAGUUUUCUACUUCUGAAAGAAACUUUACAAAAAGUAACUGAGAAUUGGGUAUUGUCCAUCUCUGAGUGAGUGGGCGCUGUGUAACACUUUUAAAGCGUUUCGCAUUCUUAUUUUUCCUCCUUCUCCCACUUGCUUCACUUUUUUUCACUUUCGAACCAAACCGCUGAAAGCCUUCUUCUGGCUUCUUCUUGGUUUGGUCGGUCGGCCGCAAAUCCCUCUAACGCCACAAUUAUAAUGUGAACAUGCUCUCCCCCGAGACUUUUCGCUUGAUUUCACAGCUCAACCGCGCAUUCGCUCAUCUCAUCUUUUCGCAACCAAUCCAUUUCCCAUUCACACGUACACAAUAUGUGCACUUAUGGCGUUAUCACCAAUGGAAACGCAUUGAUUAAGUUGAAGUCGGGCGAUAAUGACACCGCCACCGUCGUAUCCGCUUCUUUGUUCAUCUCUCAAACAGUUGCAAAAGUGUCGGCGAUAUUUUGCUGAAAGUUGAAAGUGGGAGGUCUGAGAAGGCUGCUGCUGUUGAAACAGUAAAAAGCUUGUUUGACGUUCGCCUCCCGAGCCUCCUAUCCAAUCAAUUGCAAAGUGUCUCGCACUUCAACCAACACAAACUAUCCUCCUGCUGUCAGCAUUCCAACUGAAUCUAUACAAAAUUUGUCUCAAUUCUCAAUUGUUCAUUCUUUCAGAGCAUGAACCGUCCACGUGUAAAGGAGUUUGAGGAUGAGGACAAAGAGAAGCGGGACAAUGCGGAUGCGGCGUUCCGCGAGUGGCUCAAGCGGAAAGCGGCAGAACCAAAAACCCCUAGAGCGUCUCCGUCAAGGUAAGCUGUUGGAAAGUUUUAAAAAGGAAAUACUUGUAAAUUUUAUUUUAAACCAUGAACAGAUUAGAAUAACUUGUUACAGACUUGUCGAAAAUCCGCCCGGCCUGGUCUCAUUAAAAACUUUUGAGAAAAAUAUUGAUUUUUCAAAUGUGUCACUCGGAAAGUUGUUUUUAUUUCCUUGAAGUUAGCUAGUAGUUUGUUAACUCAAAAUUACAAAAAAAACUAUUCUGGAAAAAAAUUGGCUCUAAAAGCAUGUUUUGAAAUCAAAUGUUAGUAGUAAAACCUGGGCCAAAGGGCCGGCCCGCGACAAGUCUGACUUGUUAAGCUUCCGGAAACAAAUAAUCAUUUAUUGCAGGGAACAAAUCUCGAAGCAUCUCAAAGACGAAGCCCGUCAACGUGUCAUCAAUCAGUGGCACAACAACAAACGGUUCGCAACCAAAAUCGAGGCGUACAUCAAUGGAGCCUCCUCAGGCGGUGCUGUGAAGACGGAUGGAACCCAAACGUUGUAA